GCACGGCCGCCGAAGCGCCGCGCUCCGGAGCCGCCUGAGCAGGAGUCUCCGGCCAAGGUGUUCCAGCGGAUGAAGGCACGGGCGGCUCAGCAGCGCAGAGCGGCCACAGACGCGAUCCUGAGCCCCGCGGGCGGGCGGCACCGGGCAGGCACAGCCCCGGCCGGGGACAGCGCCCUGCAGGGACGGGAGCCAGUUUGCCCUCAGGUUCCUGGGAUGCAGCCCCAGGCAGAGCCUCCCGUGCUGGAAACCCCCCAGAAGUUCUUCCUGCGGGUGAAGAUGCAGCAGCAGCAGCAGCACAAAGCUGCAGCACCUCCAACCCAAGCCCAGCAGAAUAUUCCUCCUCCCACAGCUGUGGAGAAUCCUUCAGUGCAGCCUGCUGGUGCUGAGCAGCCAGGCAGUGAGGCUGCAGAGGAUGUGGACUCUGAGAAGGAUGAUGUGGAUGUUUUCCUGGUGGAAUCCAUAGAAGUGGAUGCUGAUAAUGGAGAAAUGUGUCUGAGUAUAACAGCUACUCCUCUGCAAGGGAACUCCACCCCUUGGGAAAAUGGGGGUCAGGUAGGAGGAAGGCGGAGGAAUGGAGAAGCAAAACGUGCAGAGCUUGCUGAAGACAGGAGAGAGCGGCAGCCCAGUAAAAAAGCAGCUGCUCCAGCCGUGGAAAAGGCAGCAGAGACCAAUCCUGAGCAGCCCUCCCGGCGCCUCCGUGACAUCCUGUGUGCCUCCCCAGUCCGAAUGGCCGCGACUCGGAAACUGCCAGGAGCCCCCAAGGUCCCUCUGGAUAAACCUGCUGAUCAACCUGGCAAAGCACCGAGAGAGAAAUGCAUCUGCCUGAACAGCUGGAGGAUUAAAGUGCUGAGUGGAAACACAGCAAUCUGUGUGGAAGGGAAAAGGAAGGACAUGAAGCAGAUGCUGUGGCACAGCAGUGCCAUCACAGAGCGCCUCACUCACAGCCAGGUGAAAACCUCCUCAGGCACUGUGUACCUGCUGCAGGGCAAGAUAGACUCAGCUGCCAUGAGGAGGGAAGGCUUCCCCUACCGCUUCACCAAGAGAUUCACCUACGGCUUCUCCAGGAUGUGGAAGGACUACGUGGAGGAGUUCCUUCAGGAAAGGAGGAGGAAAGAACGAAUUCCACAAAGUAGUGGUGGGGAAGAAAAUGAGGGGAGUGACUCCAUGGGGGGAAAUGAUGUGAUGGAAACUGCAAGAGGCUCAGCAGGCAAUGCCAAGAAACGUGCACUGAGGAACUCCACCUAUGAGGUGUCACCAGGGAAUGCAGAGAACACCUUUGUCACACCAAGGGACAGCUCCAGGAAUAACUCGAGCAGCGUCUACACUCGCAGCGGGCGCCUCAUCAAACCCCCCCUGAACUUCUGGUGUGGCCAGAGGGAGUUUGUGGAUCAGAACCUGAAUGUCACCAUAGAAAAUGGGGGGACAGAUUACCUGAGCCUGAUGUUAAGUAGUGGAACUCACAGAAGAAGUUCCAGGAGGAAAAUUUCAAAGGAAGACAUGGAGACAACAAAGGAAAUGCCAAAAAGCCAAAGUAAAGGGAGAAGCAGGGACAGAGGAGCCACAGGCAGAGGAGAACCCCGACCUGCCAGGAGCAGGAAGGACAGGCACUUCCCUUCGGAUGAGGAGGAAAACGAUCCUGGAAUCAGGGCCACAGAAAGAAAAUCCCAGCUCCCUGCCAGGGGGAGUUCCUCAAACAGCAGGGUGUUGAACAAGCACGGCAGCAGAGCCCCGGGGGCAGCACAGAGAGCAGCAGGCUCUGCAGAGCUCAGCAUGUACGAGCAGGGCUACAGGAGCUCCCUCCGCUCAGCCAAGCAGCGCCGCCCGCUGCAGGACAGGGAGCCCUCAGAGCAGGAGGAGGAGGAGCAGUCCAGUGAGGACACCCCACUGGUGGUCAGGAGGAAAAAGAAAUCCAUAUUGAAACCUGAGUCUCGGAACAAGAAACCCUGCUCUGGCUCAAAAAGCUCCUGGGAUGAUGCAAACAAGGCCUGUGACAAGAGGACAGGAAAGCCCUCCCAGAAUGUGCUGGUGAGGCUCAGUGGGCCCGAGUCCAGUGAUGAGUCUGAGCCCCCUCCUAAAGAGAAAACAUCUUCUGAGUCCAGUGCUUCCCUUGUGGCUGCCCGGGCCAGGAGGGCAGGGGGCAGCACCAGCCCUGCCCGGGGCCGGCUCCAGUCCCACCUCCAGUCCCACACGGGCUCUGACACCGCCUCUGACUCCGGGAGCGAGGAAUGUCACAGCAGUGCCAGCAGUGCCAGAGCAUCCCGGCUAAAAAGAGCCACUGCAGCCUCCAGCAGUGCCAGAGCAUCCCGGCUGAAAAGAGCCACUGCAGCCUCCAGCAGUGCCAGAGCAUCCCGGCUGAAAAGAGCCACUGCAGCCUCCAGCAGUGCCAGAGCAUCCCGGCUGAAAAGAGCCACUGCAGCCUCCAGCAGUGCCAGGGCCUCAGCAGCAAAGCCCAGAGAGCACAAGAGGGCAAAGCAGCACAAAUCUCUGGAACUUCUUCCAAGGGCAGCUGAUGGUUGGUCUGAGAAGGAGCUGCAGAAGCUUCACAGGGCCAUCGCCGUGCUCCCCAAGCACAGGAGCGGCUUCUGGCAGGACGUGGCCAUGGCCGUGGGGUCCCGCUCGGCCCAGGAGUGCCAGGGCAGGUACCUGGAGGAGCAGCAGGGGAAAGGCUCCAAGCAGCAGCCCAGGAAAGCCACGGCAGGAAAAUCUGAGCAGAAAGAUAAGAAGGAGGCAGUGAUCACUGCCAAGGUGGGCACCCUCAAACGGAAGCAGCAGAUGAGGGAGUUCCUGGAGCAGCUGCCCAAGGACAACCACGAGGAUGUGUUCACUGCCACACCCUUCCAGAGCAGGAGGGUCCAGCUGCCAGCUCUGCGAGGGAGCUGGGACGAGGACACCGAGGAUUUCACCCUGUCGGAGUUCCCAGCCACGCCCUCCUCAGGGCUCCUUCCCUCCUCCAAAACCCCGCAGUGUGAGCACAUCACCCCGGGAAUGCUGGCCCCCAUCAACAGGAACGAUUACGACCGGCACGUGUUCCGCAUGCAGAAGCACACGCGGGGCAGCAGAGGCACCUGGGACAAGGUCAAGAAGAAAUCGGCCACAGCGGCACUGGGGACGCCGGCUUCCUGCAGAACCAGGAGAGUGGCCCCGGCCCAGCUGGUGGGGAAGCUCUUCACCGCUGAGACUCCAGACUCAUCCAGUGAGGAGCAGGAGGAUUUCUACUUUUCCAUCUGAUGGACUUUGUGGAUGUGUUGUUCAGCACUUGCUGUUCAGAGCAUGGGGGCUCUGCUGCUCCUCUGGAGGGAAUGCUGGAAUGAUGAUUCAGUUUGGAAAAGCUGCUCUGCUGUGCUUUUAUGUGGUUUAACCACUUCCCCCUGCCAGCAAUGCCUGGCUUUUCCCUGUGUACAAAGUGGCACUUCCAUAUCCAGGCUCCUCCUCUCUGUGUCUCCUUUCUCCUGGGAAGGAAAAAUGUACAUAGCUACCAGUGAUUGCCAAGUUCUGAUUCAUUUUAGUUAAAAUAUCUUCUGGGCCAUGGCUGUGAUAAAUGCAGGUGCAGUCUGGAAGGAACUGAAAUUGCUUUUUAAUUUUCUCCAGGGAGAGCUUGAAUUGUUACAUUUCCCUUAUGUAAAAUAAACAAGGAGAACGUUUUUUUA